AUUUUUUCUUGCUUUUUCUCUCUUUGACCACUUGUACUUCCUUUUACAGUCUUUGAAAAAACUCCUCUCUCUCUCUCUAAAUCACCUCCGUCGCGUUCUCCGACGCCGGAGCUCGAGCCUCUCCCGGCGAUCUCGGUGUCCGAGGACGGUGCACUCUCCGGCAACCGGCGCUAAGCCAGAGGCCGUAUUCGCAUUCGGAAGCGAGUGCCUCAGCCAAGUUCGGGACUGUGAUCGUAUUGACGUUGCGAGAGGUAGAGGUUGUUUGGUUUUCCCGGGGAGAGCUGACAGAUCUCUUUGUUAGGGUGCUGAGCGGGAGCUUUUUGGUGUUUCUCGCCUUGGUGCCUGCAGGAAAGUUGGGGAGGUAAAUAUCGCAUUGGUGGUGGUGGUGUGAAGAGAGGGGUCGUUGAUGGUAGUGUUGACGUCGUCGAGAGGUAUAUGAUGUCCGGGCGUCCGGUGAGAGAUCGGAGAGGGCGGUGGAUUUCCGGUGAAACUCAUACAUGGAAUGGCAGAUCUUGUUAGCUACGGGAAUGCCGACCGUGACGUUGAGCAGGCAUUGAUUGCUUUGAAAAAAGGUGCUCGACUGCUGAAGUAUGGUCGAAAAGGAAAGCCCAAAUUCUGCCCUUUCAGACUAUCUAAUGAUGAAGCAUCGUUGAUCUGGAUAUCAAGUAGUGGUGAAAAAAGUUUGAAAUUAGCAUCUGUUUCAAGAAUUAUUCCUGGACAAAGAACUGCUGUAUUUCAACGUUAUCUGCGACCAGAGAAGGAUUAUUUGUCCUUCUCUCUUAUUUACAAAAACGGGAAACGGUCGCUUGAUCUGAUCUGCAAGGACAAAGUUGAGGCUGAGGUGUGGAUUGCAGGCCUCAAAGCACUGAUCUCCACUGGUCAGGGAGGACGCUCAAAAAUUGAUGGACGGGGUGAUGGCAGUCUCUAUCUUGACGACAGUAGAGAUUUGACAUCAAAUAGUCAGAGUGACAGUUCUACCAGUGCUACACGAGAUAUCAGUUCUCCUGAUUUUUCUUUGAGUUCUAAUCCAAAUUCUUCUCCAAACACUUUCCAUACUGAGAACUCUUUCCCUUUUGACCGAUCACAUGUAGCAUCAGACAACACAAACAUGCAAGUAAAAGGAUCAAAUUCAGAUGUUUUUCGAGUUAGUGUUUCUAGUGCACCCAGCACGUCAAGUCAUGGUUCUGCACCCGAUGAUUGUGAUGCUUUAGGUGAUGUGUACAUUUGGGGUGAGGUGAUAUGUGAUGGCAUUGUCAGGGUGGAUGCCAGUAAAAAUUCUAGUUUUGUGACAACGAGAGCAGAUGUACUUGUGCCCCGGCCUUUAGAAUCCAAUGUUGUUCUGGAUGUACAUCACAUAGCUUGUGGUGUUCGACAUGCUGCUUUGGUUACGAAGCAAGGUGAAUUGUUUACAUGGGGUGAAGAAUCAGGGGGCCGGCUUGGCCACGGCGUAGGGAAGGAUGUGACGCAUCCUCGUUUAGUUGAACCUCUGGCUUUUGUCAAUGUGGACUUUGUUGCCUGUGGUGAGUUCCACAGCUGUGCUGUGACAGUGACUGGGGAAAUUUAUACGUGGGGUGAUGGCACACAUAAUGCUGGGCUUCUUGGUCAUGGUACAGAUGUUAGCCACUGGAUACCCAAAAGGGUUUUGGGUCCUCUUGAGGGACUUCAAGUUGCUUCAGUAACUUGUGGGCCCUGGCACACCGCACUGAUAACAUCAAGUGGACAGCUGUUUACCUUCGGCGAUGGAACUUUCGGUGCUUUGGGUCACGGGGACAGGGAAAGCUUUACGUCUCCUAAAGAAGUAGAAUCUCUUUUAGGGUUGAGGACAAUUGCUGCUGCUUGUGGGGUGUGGCAUACUGCUGCUAUUGUGGAGGUUAUUGUCACACAGUCUAGCGCGGCUGUUUCUUCAGGGAAAUUAUUCACUUGGGGCGAUGGAGAUAAAAAUCGCCUAGGACAUGGAGACAAGGAGCCACGGCUUAAACCCACAUGUGUGCCGGCCCUUAUAGACUAUAAUUUUUGCAAAAUUGCUUGCGGGCAUAGUAUUACUGUUGGGUUAACUACGUCAGGGCAUGUUUUCACCAUGGGGAGUACCGUUUGUGGUCAGCUUGGGAAUCCUCAGUCUGAUGGGAAGGUACCAAGCUUAGUAGAGGACAAACUCCUUGGGGAAACUGUCGAAGAAAUUGCCUGCGGUUCAUACCAUGUGGCUGUAUUAACAGCGAGGAACGAAGUUUAUACAUGGGGAAAGGGUGCUAAUGGGAGGUUGGGCCAUGGAGAUCUCGAGGAUCGGAAAACACCAACUCUAGUUGAAGCUUUGAAGGACCGGCAUGUGAAGUAUAUAUCUUGUGGUUCAAACUAUACAGCAGCUAUAUGUCUUCACAAAUGGGUUUCUGGUGCUGAGCAGUCUCAGUGUGCUGCUUGUAGGCAGGCUUUUGGAUUUACUCGGAAAAGGCACAAUUGCUAUAAUUGUGGGCUUGUGCAUUGCCAUUCAUGCAGUUCUAGAAAAGCUUUAAGAGCAGCCUUGGCGCCCAAUCCUAACAAACCGUAUCGUGUGUGUGAUUCAUGUUACGCUAAGCUGAGUAAGGUUUUGGAAGGCAGUGUCAACAAUAGAAGGAACUCGGUGCCUCGCUUAUCAGGUGAAAACAAGGACCGAUUAGACAAGGCUGAUUUAAGAUUGUCAAAGGCAAGUGUGCCUUCUAAUAUGGACUUGAUUAAGCAGUUGGACAGUAAAGCUGCUAAACAAGGAAAAAAGGCUGACACCUUUUCCUUGGUUCAUUCCUCACAAGCUCCUCCAUUUUUGCAGCUAAGAGAUGCUGUUUUGUCUACGGCAACUGAACUGCGACGCUCUGCUCCAAAACCAGUUCAUACUCCCUCUGGAGUUAGUUCUAGGUCUGUGUCACCUUUCUCUAGAAGGCCAAGUCCACCUCGUUCUGCCACACCCGUUCCAACAACAUCAGGGCUUUCCUUCUCCAAAAGCAUAACGGACAGUCUGAAGAAGACGAAUGAGCUUUUAAACCAAGAAGUGCUCAAGUUGCGUGCUCAGGUUGAGAGUCUCAGACAAAGAUGUGAACAUCAGGAGUUAGAGCUGCAAAGAUCAACUAAGAAAGCCCAAGAAGCAAUGUCACUGGCUACAGAAGAAUCGGCUAAAUCUAGAGCUGCAAAAGAAGUUAUUAAGUCACUCACGGCGCAGCUGAAGGAAAUGGCUGAACGACUUCCACCGGGUGUCUAUGAUGCGGAGAGUGUGAUACAGAAGUGCCUACCGAAUGGAUUGGAGUUUAAUGGCAUUUACCGUCCUGAUGCAAAUAGUGAAUGUCAUUCCAGAUCAGAUUCAUUUAGCUCCUCUUUCAUGGCUUCAUCUGCAGCAAAUGAAUCUGCUUUAGCCACUGGAACUCAAAAUCUUAGUCGAUCUCCUGGAACUCUAUUUCCAGCCGGCGAAACCAAUAUGCACCAACAGAAUCAAAGCCCUCUGGCCUCCAGAAAGACAGAUGAUCACCGUGAUGCCAGGCUUCCUAAUGGCGAACAAGGAAAUCAGGCAACUAACGGUAAUGACACAGAGGUGGUCCAUGGUGGAGAGUCUCGGCCCUCACAGAGUGGAGAGAAUGGCAUUGGUUCCAGGAACUCUGCAUUGACCAGUAACAAUAUUCAAGUCGAGGCUGAAUGGAUCGAACAGUAUGAGGCUGGUGUGUAUAUAACCCUAGUGGCCUUGCAUGAUGGAACUAGAGAUCUUAAGAGAGUGCGGUUCAGCCGGAGAAGAUUCGGGGAGCAUCAGGCGGAGACAUGGUGGUCAGAGAAUCGUGAGAGGGUCUAUGAGAGGUACAAUGUCCGUGCGUCGGAGAGGUCCUCGGCUUCUAGUCAGGCUGCUCGUAGAUCUGAAGGAUCCAUGACACCGACUUCUUGAAGUUGCUCAUAUUGCACCCGCGGAACUGCUAAAUGAGUUCGAUUCCGUUGCUUCAUGGUUCAAAGGCCACGGCAUUGUCGGUAUGAAGGGAACUAGACAUCUUUUCUUUUCCCUUGUCAAGAGACCAAACUUUCACAAUUUUUGACGCCCCUCGCAACCAUCUCCUUUUUCUUUUCUUUCCCUCUUGUUCUUUAUUUACUUCUAUUUAUUCUUGGGUGCUGCCCAAUCUAUAGAUGUCUGAUGUAUUGUAGUGUAUAUAAUAUCAACCGCGAGGGAGCAAGAAAGAUUUUUGCUCCUUGUGCUGUGGAUCUUUCUUCUUUUUGAGUUUGCCAAGAUCUACAUGUAGAGAGCGCAGGUCGAGAAUCAGAUCAGCCAACUUGCGGGUUA